AUGUCGUACACUCCGCCGCUCCAAAUCGAGAUUCCCGACGCGGAGGAGCCAUACUACCCGCCGAUGCCUCCCGGGGCCCAGAUUGAGAUUCCCGAGAUGACGUUUGUGGCGACGCCAUACCAACCGCAGCCGCUGGCGCUGCCGGAGGCCACCCCCAGACAUAGUACGUCCAUACGUGCAAGCACCCUUCUCCGCAGUUCAUCCAUUACCAGCACCACCAGCAGACGGCUCACGCUCUCGGACGGCCAAGAAGUGGCCGCGGUGAAAAAGAGCCUCGCGACGGACCCCAAGACCCCCGCCGAGUACACGCUUCAUAUCCUCUUUACCCAAUUUGUCCGCCACGCCGAGCGCAAACUCAACCUCUGCUUAAACUACCCCCUCGAUACGGAGCUGCCAGUGGUGGAGCUUCUCGCUGAGGGCGUGGAUCCGGAGUUCGACUCUAUCAUCGCUUCGCUCGGGUACAUUGCGCGGAGAAAACCCAAACCAGUGAUCGACUCCGUCAUGUUUUGGCGAAAAUCCAAGCUGGAGGUUUCGGUGAUGGCAGCUAACGCAGUGGAAAAAAACUUGGGGCUUGCCAAAACGCUCCAGCAACAACUCCAUAAGUCGGCGCUGCCGCUGCCGUCGCCCUCCACCCAACUCUCGCUUCUCAAACGGCACACAUCGCGCGGCCCCUCGCGUGCGCCCAGCGUAUCCAGCCUUCCAUUCCAGCGCCACAAGCGGAAUAACUCAUCCAAGUCUUCCAUCAACCUGAAGAACAUUACAGACGAUACGGAUUUGACCCGAAAGCAGCAGAUUUUGGAGCUGCAGCUUCAGACAUCGCGCGAGACGGCCGUCCAGGCGGACCGCAAGUCGCUCGUCUCCAUCUAUAUCCUCUGCCGUGUGCUCAUCGAGGUGAUCAAACAGACUCCGACCGAUGCCAUCGGCGACGACCUUGGCGAUAAGCUCGAGGAGAUCGUAUACACACAAUUGAAGACGACCGAUCCCCAGGCGCUUGGCUCGCUUAUCCGCUCGGCGAACUGGAACCUCUUUGCGGAACUCCUCGGACACAUGUCUGAGAAACGGUUCCUCAGCGUGAGCGACCGCUUCAUCGCUGACUUGGAGAAGAUCCCGCAGGCCGUGGCUCCCGGUGACGAGCCGCGGCUACAGCUCUUGAUACAUGGGAUGCGCUAUCUCCGAAUGACAAACUAUCCGCUCGACUGCUUUGAAGACAGCGCGGAGUUUCUCCAGUCAGUCAGCAAGUUCUACAGCCGGUGUGCCAACGAGGCCAUCACCGCCACCUACUCCGAGGUGCUCACGCACUUGCUCUUGUCGUUGGCUGAUGUCUUGACGGCCGAGGCGAACCACCCCACGUGGGUGGCCGCGGUCCUGGCCAUCUACACCCGCUCUUCCGGCCUCGCCGCUCUUCUGGGUCCCUGGACCACCAGCUUCACGCUUCUCCUGUCGUCCCUUGCGGUGGCCCCCAAGGAGAUUUUCCUGGCCAACUGGAUGAAGCUCAUCGAGACACAUUCGGCAAAACUUAAACCGAAGACGCCGCUCAGCAGCAAGGCGGUGUAUGUCACCGCCUUGGCCCGUCUCAUGUGGGUCUUCUUGUACCGGUGUCCCGAGUCGCUCAACCAGACAGUGCGCUGCUUCGACCAGCUCUAUAAGAUGUUGAAUCUCACAACCACCAACCGCAAGCAGCAGUGGCUCACGGCGGACCUCGCGCUUCUCCAGCCGCUCGUGCAGCUCCUUCGUGCGGUCGGGUUCUCCAACCUCACAUACGCGCUCGAGGACGUUCUUCUUCCAAUGUUCCGGCUGGCAUUUUCCAGCGGCUUGGAGGGCAUGGCGCAGGAGCGGCUCCUCCUUGUAAUCCGGCUGUACGUGUCGAUUCUCGCGGACAUGGAGGCGAAGCAGCGCCCGCCGUUUCCCACCGAUGAAGUUAUCGCGUCGGUCUUGCACAAACCGCGCACAGCAAGUACGGGCGCAGACUUCUUCGUGCGCGGCUCGCACAACGCGGUCACCCACGAGGAAUUCUGUAAGCACCUCGCGCAGUUGUUCUUGGUGUUGGACGCGUCUGUCGGGGCAAACAGCUCCGAAUCCACCCAGAAACUCAGCACUGCCCCGUUCGCGUCGUUCCAUUUUGGCUCAGACUCGAAUGUCCAGACCACGCGGAACUUGAACACGGAGCUCUUUGCGUCGGUGCUCGAGGUCGUUCCAUGGUGCCUCACGGGCCUUUCCUCCCUCCCGUUUAAGAAGCUCGUUGAUAUUCUCCUUCGCAACGCCAUCCACAGCGAUGUUCGCGUAUCCACUGCGGCCACCAACACGCUUCGUGCACUUGCGUCGCGCCGCAACCCCACCGCACUCGUCACGACCUUCGCGCAGCUCGCGUUCUGUCUCGAGGAUACGCCACACCCCGCGUACAUGGCGGACUACUCGACCUCCACCGCAUACCAGCGCCUCUUGACGCUCUACGUAGACCUCCUCCAGUGCUGGCUCGCGGGGUUCGAGAGCACCGACGACGCCGUGGACUCAGAGAUGCCCACAAACGACAUCCGAGCCGCGACUGAGCGCCGUCGCCUGACGGACGAGCUCGAGUGGAAGAGCAUCGCCAACGUGAUCGAGGAGCUCGAGGGUAACGGGCUCUUCUUCCUUUGUUCGCACGACUCCAGCAUCCGCCACUUGGGCGUCACCAUUCUCCGCAUCGUCACUCGUUUCGACGAUGUCAUCUUCGAGAGUACAACCUCAGAGAAGGUCGACCGAAGCCACCGCCGCAGCUCGUCCAAGUUUGCGGCCGAUGUCGGCGUCCGUAUCAUCGAUGUUCUCGAGGAUGCUGACUUUGUGGAGCUCAUUGAGCCGGUGAAGGAACUGUUGAGCAUGCCCGAGCGGAGCAAGAUCGCAAAGUUGGUGAGCAAGCCGCGCAGAGACACGCUUCUCCGUCUCGCGGAGUCCGAUUACGGCGUGGACACCGCCAUCUGGUUUCGGCUCUUCCCCCAGAUCGUGGUACUUUGUUUCGAGCGGUCGCCCGUGUCGGUGGCGCUCUGCCGGUCGAUCGUGUGCGGCCGUCUUGUGCAGAUUCAUGAGACGGUGUGUCUAUACGCGGAUGCGCGCAGCGGUGCGCGCUCGUUUGACUUCCCGCCGGAGAUCUUGGUGCAGCAGUGGAAGUUGUACCUUGUCUUUGCGUGCUGCGCGCUCACGUCCACCAGCGAGGACACGCUUGCGGUCGUACCGCGGCUGCGUAAGCCUGCGCGCAUCACAUCCGCGGUGUCUAUCUUCAAAAUGGUGAUCCCGUUGCUUCGCUCGGACCAGAUGUUGGUGCGCGACGCGGUCAUCAGCGGCUUGAGCUCCGUCAAUCUCAACGUGUUCCGCAAUCUACUCGAGUCGUUCGGGCCCGUCAUUUCCGCGUGGGAGAGCCAGAGUGCCGGUGAGGGCCUGGAAAACCGGAUGAAGGUGGAGAUGACGCACAUCCUCCAGAACGUCACGACGCGUGCGCGCGGCGACGCGCUUCUCUUUGCAGACGAGUGGACCGUGCUGAAGCUCGUGGAUUUCCUCACGUUCAUGACGGGUUUCUUGCACGAACAGAGCGUGCAGGUGCGCUUUGAGUUUCAGACGCUCCGCCGCUACUUCUGCAGGUUACUCGAGAAUGUGUACACGGGUGUGGCCGCAUCCGAGCGCACAACGUGGUUUCCGUUUGCUGCGCGCGUGCGCUGCUACGGAUUCCUCGAGGAGUGGUGUGGGUACGGCCAGUACGCGCAGCUCAGCCAUGAGCGCUACAACUUCAUGGUCAAGCAGGUGACUGCAGCCGCGCAGACCGGCUUGAACGCGGCAAUCGAGAUUGAGCGAGGCCAGUUAGAGUAUGCGAGCGUCAGCUGCAUGGCUGCGCUCUGCGCCGACAUCGCGGACGGUGCGGGUGCAAAGCCCGCGUCGUUUGACAUUCCGGAUCUCCUUGCAUGGAUCGGCGCGUUGCUCAGCAGCGGCAACGACAGGAUCCACGAGCAGGGGCGCCGUGCCUUGCAGAGCGUGGUUGCGCUGGCUGACGCGAAUAUGGCCAUCAUCGACCACGCGAUCCGCCAGUGCUAUGUGCCGGGCCACCCGGAGGCCACUGAGAGCUACUUUAUCACCCUUGCGGACGCGAUCGUUGCGGACCCCGCGUACCCGUGCUCGUUAUACCAGCUUCUCCCGCUUGCGUUGUUCUGCGCCGCGAGCGACACGGCCACCGUGCGGCACCGCGCCGCGCGUCUUCUUGUGUACACGGAGCAGCGCUUCUACGCUGGCCAAGUGGACGACUUUAGCGAGAGUAUCUGCUGCGAGACCAAGGCAGUCUACAAGCGCGCGUUCUUUAACGCGGCGACGAGCUUCGCGGCGGUUGCACGCGAGAGCUUCAAGAUCAUCCUGGAGUUGACGAUGGUGUUCCACAUCGUGGAGCCACGCGCGCGCCGUGAUGUACUCGCUAUCCUUCUUCCGUGGGUGCAGGCAGUGGAGCUCCAGGCGGAGGAUGGCGUGGUGGAUGUCAAAUCACAGAUGGUGCUCAACAACUUGUUUGAGAUCACGGUCAAAUAUAGCGACGUAAUCCAGAACGAGGUGGAGGCGUUAUGGGUUGCGUUGGGCAACGGCCAUGCCAAUAACACGGGGAUCGUACUCCGGUUUCUCACCGCUUCCGCGACCGAACGCCGCAAGACGGUGUUUGUGGAGUACGCGCGACUGGUGGUGGUGUAUCUUGCGUUCACCCAGACCGGGAGCGCCAUCGUGGAGACGCUUAUUGCGAACCUCGAGCCCAAGGCGAUGAUCCCGCCGCACCCUAAGCCGGUGGAGCGCGUCCAGUCGACGUCGGACCUCCCGUACAUUGCCGACUUGGGCUUGAUUCUCAACCAGGGCAAGGAGGCGGUGCUCUCGCUCGGCCAAGUGUCGCUUGUAUUUCUUGUGGAUCUUCUUGCGAUUCCGAGUGAAAUUCCACGGGCCAAGGUUCCGUUGCUUCUUCAUGUGGCGUUUGCCCUUUUGGAUCACUAUCUCCCGGUGGUGCAGCAGCAGGCAGCGGAGAUGGUUGCGCAUGUGCUAUACACGCUCGCGCGUGACGCACCACGUACGAAAGAAACUAUCGCGUUGUUGCGCCAGGGCAGGUCCGACCUGCCGGACGCUUUGCGCGUGCGUGCCCUCUGGGUCUAUGAUGACCUCCACCGCGACCGCAACGGCGCCACCACGCCCAAGAGUAUGGACCUGCUUGUGCGCGCAACCCUCGCGAUCCUCCAGCCGACAAUACCCUCCCUCCAGGACGAGUGGUCGCGCGUGUCCCUUGUUUGGUCGACCACCUGUGCCGUCCGCCACAUCGCGUGUCGCUCGUUUCAGGUGUUCCGCCUGCUUCUCUCGUUCCUCGACCAGGGCAUGCUCCGCGACAUGCUCCACCGACUCUCCAACACGAUCUCCGACGAAACUCCCGACAUCCAGGGCUUUGCGAUGCAGAUUCUCAUGACGCUCAACGCGAUCUGUGCGGAGCUCGACUCGGCCCAGUUGAUUGAAUUCCCCCAGUUGUUCUGGCUGGGCGUGGCCUGCCUAAGUACCGUCCAUGAGCCGGAGUUUCUCGAGGUGCUUUCGGCGCUUUCAAAGUUCAUUUCCAAGAUUGAUCUCGACUCCCAGGAUACGGUAAACUGUCUUGUUUCGACGUUUCCGCCAAAGUGGGAGGGCAAGUUUGAGGGCUUGCAGCCGCUUGUGAUGGUAGGCCUCCGCUCGGCUGCGUCGCACGACGCGGCGCUCCGGUUCCUUGACCGCUUGAACCGCCUCCAGGACAGUGAAAUCAUCGCCGCGGGCAGCAGCCGGCUCCUCCUCGCGGUGCUUGCGAACCUCCCGCGCAUGCUCCAUGCGAUGGAUGCGGUUCUGCCUGAGCUUGCAGAAGCCACAGCCACGAUGGUGGCCAUGUGCGAGCGCUUUGCGGCACCGGACCUCUCGCGGCUCCUCACAUCAUAUGCCAAGGGCCGCUUCCGGUCCAAGAAGGACUUUGUCGCGCAGAUCGUCGCCGUCAUCCGCAAGUACUUUUUCCCGCAAUACGAAGCCCAGACCCUUGUGGUGCUCCUCGGGUUCUUGUCCAAUAAUACCCGGUGGGUGAAACUCGAGACGAUGGAGUUGCUCAAGAGCAUGCUUCCUUAUGUGGACUUCCAACGCGAGGAGUUCCUCGGGGUCGGGGCGGACUUAAUUUCGCCGUUGUUGCGGCUUCUUCUCUCGGACUACGCAGGGCCCGCGCUUGAGGUGUUGGACGAGGCAUCGAGCAUUUCCGGGUCCCAGCUCGACAAGGCGGUGUUGCGGAUGAGUCUCGGUAACCACACCAUCCGGAAGGAGUACGAAAAGACCGCGACAUUGUUUGGGAUUCCGGACGAAACCGGCUGGGCCAUUCCGAUGCCCGCCGUGACGGCCGCGACAACCAGAAACAACGUCCACGCCGUGUUUUCAACGUGUGUGGUGGCUGCUGUGGAGACGGCUGGGGGGACCGAAGAGAUCGAGUUCCACACCGAGGAUUACGCGUUUGAGGAUGUCGCAUCGGUGACGGAAGAGCCUGACGCGUUGAGCCAUAUGUGGGCCGCGCUUGACAGCUUUGACUCGUUUUUCGCACGCGAUUCGCCCACGGCGUUUGACGCACCCCAGAUGUACGAUAAAAACGUAUCGCAAAUCUUGAACCGGAGUUUAGCGCGCACCCCGUCGAACACUUCGUUCAAGCAGUCGUUGGCGGACUCGUUUGAUGGGCCACUUCCAGCGCCGGUGCAGCAGCCCGAAAGCGCCUUGGACCUCAUUGGGAGCACUCCGCUCAUCCGCCUCAACAAGAUCCCGCAGUCUCUCGGGAUCAAGUGUAACAUCCUCGCCAAGUGCGAGUUCUUCAACGCUGGUGGCUCCAUCAAGGACAGAAUCGCUAAGCGUAUGGUCGAGGAGGCUGAAGCCUCUGGUUUGAUCAAGCCAGGCUACACCUUGAUUGAGCCAACCUCCGGUAACACCGGUAUUGGUUUGGCGCUCAUGGGGGCCGUCAAGGGCUACAGAACCAUCAUCACCUUGCCAGAGAAGAUGUCCAACGAGAAGGUUGCCGUUUUGAAGGCACUCGGGGCCGAGAUCGUGCGUACCCCGACCGAAGCCGCGUGGGAUGCCCCAGAGUCGCACAUUGGUGUGGCCAAGAAGUUGAACGCUGAGAUUCCAAACUCCGUCAUCUUAGACCAGUACAGCAACGUCAACAACCCUGACGCCCACUACUACACCACCGGCUACGAGAUCUACCAGCAGACCGAGGGUAAGAUCACUGCCCUUGUGGCUGGUGCCGGUACCGGUGGUACCAUCACCGGUAUUGCCAAGUAUUUGAAGGAACAAAACCCGGCCAUUAGAGUCGUCGCUGCCGAUCCCCACGGUUCCAUUUUAGCCGUUCCAGAGUCCCUCAACACCUCCACUGACCCCUACAUGGUCGAGGGUAUCGGUUACGACUUCAUCCCAGACGUGUUGCAGAGAGAUGUCGUCGACGAGUGGAUCAAGACCGAUGACACUGAGUCCUUCCACUACGCCAGAAGAUUGAUCAAGGAGGAGGGUUUGCUCGUUGGUGGCUCCUCCGGGACCGCGCUCGCCGCUGCCUUGAAGGUUGCCGAGACCUUGACCGAGAAUGACACCCUUGUCGUUGUCUUCCCUGACUCUAUUAGAUCGUACUUGUCCAAGUUUGUUGACGACGGCUGGAUGAGCAUCAACGGGUUCUCGGACGAGGCGCCGGCCGAGGACGACCACUUGAGAAAGUAUACUAUCAAGGAUUUGCACCUCAAGCCAGUGGUGACCGUCAAGAGCUCCGAUACUGUCGAACACACUUUCAAGCUCAUGCAGGAACACGGAUUCGAUCAGUUGCCGGUAUUGAACGCCGUCGGCAAGCUUGUCGGCUUGGUUACCUUGUCCAAGAUCCUCAAGUCUUUGUCCUCCAAGAAGGUCCAGUUGACCAACUCCAUUGUGUCCAUCAUUAUUGACUUCCGCCAGUUGAAGAACUUUGACGCGUCUGAGAUCACUGAGACCCCACAGUUGAAGAAGCGUGAGUACGCGUCCAUGACCGUUGACACCUCUUUGUACUUGUUGAACAAGUUCUUUGAACAGAACUCCAACGCCGUGAUCACCGAUGCCAACUUGAAGCCGGUUCAUGUUGUUACCAAGGUUGACUUGGUUUCCUUCAUGCUCUCCAAGGCUUAG